GAGGAGACAGGGCAACGACCAGGCAGCUGACCUGACCAGCAUAGCAGGGACACCGAGAGGAACGACCGACCCCUGCAGCCCACACCUGCCACAGACCCAGAGCUGAUGGCCGACGCCCAGACCCAGGUGGCCCCCACACCAACCGUCCCCAUGGCGACCACACAGGACCUGCCCCUGCCACCCCCGCCGGCCCUGGAGGAUCUGCCAACGCCCCCGUGCAAGGAGUCCUUUUCCAAGUUCCACCAGCAGCGGCAGGCCACCGAGCUCCGCCGCCUCUACCGGCACAUCCAUCCCGAGCUCCGCAAGAACCUAGCGGAGGCCGUGGAGGAGGACCUGGCCGAGGCUCUGGGCUCCGAGGAGCCCACCGAGGGGGACGUUCAGUGCAUGCGCUGGAUCUUUGAGAACUGGCGUCUGGACGCCAUUGGGGACCGUGAGAAGCCAGCUGCCAGGGAGCCCGUGCCGGGCGGAGACGUCCAGGUCACCUCCCGGAAGUUUGAGGAAGGCGCCUUCCCCAGCAGCCAAGACCGGGAUCCUGCUGGUCCCGCGGCCCCAGGAGGGGAUGUGCGCGCAGCCCGCAGGCAGUUUGAGACCGAGAUCCUGGACAAGCCGCCGGAGGCUGCAGCGAGGGAGCCUGCAGCCUGCAGCGGAGACGUGCAGGGCACAAGGAUGCUCUUCGAGACACGGCCCCUGGACCGCCUGGGCUCCCGGCCCUCAGUGCAAGAGCCAAGCCCCCUGGAGCUGCGCUCCGAGAUCCAGGAGCUGAAAGGCGACGUGAAGAAGACGGUGAAGCUGUUCCAGACGGAGCCGCUCUGCGCCAUCCGGGACGCCGAGGGCGCCAUCCACGAGGUGCAGGCUGCGUGCCGCGAGGAGAUCCACAGCCACGCCGUGAGGUCCGCCCGCUGGCUCUUCGAGACCCGGCCGCUGGACGCCAUCAACCGUGACCCCAGCCAGGUGCGGGUGAUCCGGGGCAUCUCCCUGGAGGAGGAGGCCCGGCCUGACGUCAGUGCUACUCGCUGGAUCUUUGAGACACAGCCGCUGGACGCCAUCCGGGAAAUCGUAGUGGACGAGAACGAAUUCCAGCCUUCCCCAGACCUUCUGCCCCCUGGCCCCGAUGUCCAGCAGCAGCGGCAUCUGUUUGAGACCCGACCUUUAGAUACCCUGAGGGGGGAGGAGGAGGCUGGAGGGGAGGCCCCCCCACCCAAAGAGGAGGUGGUCCCAGGCAAUGUCCGCUCCACCCUAUGGCUGUUUGAGACCAAGCCCCUGGAUCCUCCCAGAGGCAAGGUCCAAGUGGGUCAUCUGCAGCGGGUAGGAAUCCCCGAGGGCGAGGGGCUUGUGUCCAGUACUGGCCCCUCAUCACCGCCCCUCCCUCAGAGUACCUCUGAGAAGGAAACCCCGAAGGGGGACGUGAAGACCUUCAAGAAUCUUUUUGAGACCCUUCCCUUGGACAGCAUUGGGCAGGGGGAGCCUCCGGCCCCAGGGAGCAUGAGCAGAGCAAAAGAGCCUGCUUCCCCUGGGGAUCCCCAAGGCACAGGGUCCCGCGUGUACACCAUGCAGGAUGUCAAGGGCCACCUCCACGCCCUGACCUCUGUCAGCAGGGAGCAGGUGGUCGGGGGUGAUGUGAAGGGCUACCGGUGGAUGUUUGAGACGCAGCCCCUCGACCAGCUGGGCCGCCACCCCAGCACUGUGGAUGUGGUGCGGGGCAUCACCCAGCAGGAUGUGGUGGCUGGUGACGUGGGCACCACACGGUGGCUCUUUGAGACCCAGCCCCUGGAGGUGAUCCAUCGGCGGGAGCAGCAGGAAAGACGGGAAGAAGAGGGCAAAGGUCAGGAGGCCUCGCAGGCCGAGGCCCCCCAGAAGGGCGACGUGCAGACCAUGCGGUGGCUGUUUGAGACUUGUUCCAUGAGUGAGCUGGCCAGGAGGCAGGGGGCAGAAGUCCCAGAUUCUACAGCCCAGUCCGAAGUCCGGUCCUGCACCUGGAUGUUCGAGCCCCAAGCCCAAGACAGGCCAGAGGGCUCCAGAGAGCAUCACUUACGGGUUGGACAGGUUCCUGCUAGGGACAGACAGACCGAUGGACAUGUCUUUGAGACCGAGCCUCUGCAGGCCUCGGGUCCCUGCCGCAGAGGGCCUGUGCGGUACUGCAGCCGCGUGGACAUCCCUUCGGGGCAGGUGUCUCGUCAGAAGGAGGUUUUCCAGGCCCUGGAGGCAGGCCAAAAGGAAGAGCAGGGGGCCAGGGUAGCCCCUGAGCCCAUCUCUGGGGGUGCUGUGCACAAGUUCACUUGGCUGUUUGAGAACUGCCCCAUGGGCUCUCUAGCAGCAGAGAGCAUCCGAAGGGGCAGCCUCCAGGAAGAGCAGCCCGUGGGCCCCUCGCACAAUGAGGUGCUGGAAAGGCAGGAGACAGCCGCCGAGGGGACCCUGAGGGCACUGCAGGCCACGCUGGGCAUCCUGCACCACGGGGGCAUCCUUAUGGAGGCCAGAGGGCCAGGGGAGCUCUGUCUGGCCAAGUACGUGCUCCUGGGCCCUGGGCAGGGGCACCCCCAGGUGCGGAAAGAGGAGCUGGUGUUCGGCGAGCUCCCCAGGAUCGUGCGCCAAGUGCUGCGGAGGCCGGAUGUGGACCCUCAAGGCCUGCUUGUUCAGGAAGGCCCGGCUGGCCGGCUCCAGCUCACGCCUCUGAGGCUGCCGGCCCCAGGAGGCAGUGGAAGCUUGGACGACCUGGACCCCGAGCUCCAGCAGGUGCUGGCGUGUAGCCUCACCGCCUCGGUGGUGAGGACUGGGCUGGUGAUGCAGGAGACAGAGCAGGGCCUGGUGUCCCUGACAGCCUACUCCCUGCAGCCCCGGCCAGCCAGCAGGGCCCCCGAGAGGAGCAGCGUGCAGCUGCUGGCCAGCUGCAUAGACAAAGGGGACCUGAGCGGCCUGCACAGUCUGCGGUGGGAGCCACCGGCUGACCCAAGUCCAGUGCCAGGCAGCGAGGGGGACCAGAGGCUGCCCCUGACUGACAGCAUCAUCCAUGUGCCUCCCCUAGACCCCAGCCUGGGGAUGGGGCAGCUGCAAGGCCUGGGGGCACCCACCUGCCCCCCACCGCCGGUGGAAAAGGCAACCCCUUUGCAGGGGGAUGCUGCCACUCCCCAUGGCAGGCAGGGAGCGGGAAAGAAAGAAGAGAGUCGCACUGGGCGAGAGGCAAUGGCAGCAACCUUGGGCACGGUGGAGGGAGCUGUUCCUGCCACCCAGGGCCCUGGGGCCCCGGACCUCCAGGCCGCCAUGCAGAGUCUGCGGACGGCAACUGCUGAGGCCCAGAGCCUGCACCAGCAUGUCCUGAACAAGCACAAGCAGGGCCCAGGCCCAGCAGCCACCUCCACACCCUUCCAGAAUGGUCUUCGGCAAGCGCCUGCCCAGACCCUUGGGGCUGCCCACAGCAACACCAAGUCAGGGGCUGGAAGUGACCCCAGGAUCCCAGCAGCCCCCAGAAAGGUCAGUGGGGACAAGAAAGCACAGCCCGGAGGGCUGUCUGGGGGGUGGGUGUCUGUUCAAGAUGGCGUCUACACUGCUCACCCAGUGAAGACCUUUGACCUGCCCAGGGGGGUCCAGCCUUCUGAGGGGAAAUCCCAGCCAUGGGGCAAAGAGACUGCCCUCCCAGCUCAGGCUGGGAGCCUGGGCCAGAGCGUCGGGGCAGGGCGGGAAGAGUCUGGGGUUGGCACACAGAAUGCCUGUGGUCCUCUAGGGAAGGGACCGGCCAAAGUUGGCCCAGGGACCCUCCACGCUGCAGAGAGGACCUUGAAGGCGGCUCCUGUAGCCCCCUCCCCUCUGGCCUCUGGGCUUCAGACUGCAGGUGCCCACCUGCACUCCUGUAAUCCCUCUGUUCCUCCUCCUCCUCCUCCUCACCCAGUUGCUGUGACAGCCCGAACCCACCACAGAGAGGACUCCGUGCAGCAAGCCUCCAAGCCCCUGCAAGACCCCCUUCUCCACCCCCACAGCAGCCCCGUGGGCCAGAGAACCCCUGAGGGGUCACAGGCAAAGACACUGAGCCGGGAGCCCAUUGUAUCCCCCAGGAAAAAGCCCCAGCUGCCCCCCAAACCUGCCCACCUCUCCUUCAUCCAUCCUCCCCAGAGGCUGCCCAAGCCCCCAGCUCUGUCUCCCAGAUCCUCCCCGGAGGCUGGACUAGGGGCAAAGCAACCAGAUGAGAGAGAUGCCACUGCCCCCCAGAAGGUCCAGGUCCCCUCCACUGUAGGCCAGCCCAGCUCCCAGCGUGCCCUCAGCUCCAUGGGCCCGGAGCCUAGCGAAAGUCAACUUGCAGGCAGCAACGCCCAUCACCUCAAGCUCCCCAAAUUCAAAGCUCCCAACAGGGACCCCACCUUGCCACGGCACGGCCCGGGGCACCUAGGAGGGAGCCCCAAAGAGGGUUCCCAGCUGGCAGCUCCUGAGAGCCGAGAGACUCUACAGGGAAGCCAACAAGAGCUCCAGGACCUGGAGAAGGAGACCAGCCGCACGGUUGAUGCUCAGGAACUGCGAGGGCUCUUGGGGGUUGUGUCCCAGGGUAGAGGGGUUACUGCUCAAGUGUCUGCUGCCCCGCGAGGGCCUGAGGCCUCUGUGGAACAGGCCUUUGGGGAGCUGAGUCGGGUCAGCAUGGAGGUUGCCCGCCUGAAGGAACAGACCCUGGCCAGGCUGCUGGACAUCGAAGUGGCUGUGCACAAGGCCCUCAGCUCCGUGUCCAGCCUUCAGCCUGACCCUCAUGCCCAGGGCACCCCGCUGGACCACAGCACCCACCAGGUCCAUGCCACAGCCAGCAGUAGAGCCAGGACCAACUGGUCAGUUGAAGAGGCCCAGCAUCAAGCCCAGGUAAGAAAUCACACAGAGGUGAGAGGCCAAGUAGCCGCCAAGGCCUCUCCAAGCCGGAGGCUGGAGACACUGAGAGAAGAUGCAGGCCUCCCUCCAGUUUUGCCUCCCUGCCGAGACUCCAGCUGCCCCCCAGCCUGUAUCUCCAUCACCCAAUCAGCCACAAGGAAAUCGACAGAGGCUCCCAGCCCACAGGGGAGUCCCCACACCACAGUGACAAGCAUACUCCUGACCCCGCCCCACCCAGAAGGGGCCCAGGACCAGGCCAGCAAGAAGGAAGACCCCCGGUGCUAUGCCUUGACCAGCGCCCUUCCCACUGGGCAGCAGAAAAGCUUCCAGGAGUUACCAAUGGGCCAGCAAGCCCCCAGCUCUACGGAGCCACGAGAACCCUGAUGGAGCAGUAGGAAGAGGUGGACCAGUUUGGGAACACAGUCCUGACAUCGUCUACCAUGGUCACCAAGCAGGUCUAUCUGUCUAGGGGUCCAGGCCCUCACCUUGGGCACCCCCACCUCUGCGCUGGUAAAGCAGUGCCCCACAGCCCCACAGGGCGGGCUCAGCAGUGGCCUGAUGGACUCUGGGAUGGUGCCUUUGCCCUGCGGCCAUGCCCAGUACCUUCCCUGCUCACCACUGGGGUGCCUCCUUCCAGGGUCCCAGCAAGGAGGUGGACACCUCCAUGGCAGGCACACAUGGGACAAGGACCAAGAAGAAAGAGCCCCUUCCGGAAUUUGCUGUGGGUCGUUUCUCUCUCAUCCAUUCCAUCCACAGGCCCAGGUCAUGCAAGGAGGGCGGAGAUCCAAGAGGAGGAGGACGGUCCCCCAGCUGGGGACUGAAUAAUCGAGCCACACACAGGCCUGGCCCACGUGCACACCACUGCCCGGACUGUGGGUCUGCACCUCGAUCCCUGUCAUCUGCCACAACCAACUGAACUGGGCUCAGCCUGGGCUUGGUCAGGAGCUGCCUCAUCAUUUUCUCCAUCCUUCAGCCCAUCAAGUGGCCCAGGUCACAAGGAGUGGAGCAACCACCAGCAAGUUCCCGAAAACCCAAGAACUGCCUUCCUCUGCCCCCUCCAGACUCCACACGCUGUACCCCAAGUGAUAAAGAGAUGCCCUAAUUAAACCCAAGUUGUAUUCUCUA